ACAACUAUCACAGUCGCACCACACCGCUGCAGCCGAGUCGCGCACACGCACGUCGCACACUCAACCGCACCGACGUCUCGUCACAGUCGGCCCGGAGUCGAAAACACGAGACGAGUUGUUGCGCGCCAUUAUCUCUUCAUCGUCGUAAUAUCACCAUCGUUUCGGCUUUCGGAUUUAUAAAAAAAAAAAAAAAAAAAUUGUUUUUUUCCAUAGUAUAUUUUUGUUUAUUUAUUAUUGCCUAUAUAUAUAUAUUUAUAUAUACUCGUAGUUUAAUUAUUAUUGUUCGUUUCGUCCGCACCGAAGACGAGAGACGUUACUAAAGUUCCGUUUUGUUAUUAAUAUUUUGUUGAUUAAAUUUUUUUAAAAAUUUUUAUCGCGUUUCGCCAAUUAUUUAUCUACCGAGAUCGCGUGACGUCAUUGCCCAAAAGUGCGAACCGACUUGACCGAUUUGGCCGCCGUCUGCGAUCCGGUUCACCUGGAAAUGCAUCACUCCGGUUUGUUAUUACAUUGAGAAGAAAAACUGUUUGACGUUACAUAAUAAAAAAAACGCAAAGAUGACCAACAACCAUAUAAACACGAUCGCUGGACAGGACCAGCAAUACUGUCUGCGGUGGAACAACCACCAAACGAACUUGACUAACGUGUUCGUUCAGCUUUUCCAGUCUGAAGAGUUCACGGACACCACGCUGUUCUGCGAGGGUGGGCCGCCGGUGAAAUGCCACAAAAUGGUGUUGGCCGCGUGUUCGUCUUACUUCCAGUCGGUGUUCGCCGAAGUCCCUGGCAAACAUUCGGCUGUGGUGCUCAAAGACGUGGGCCACGCCGAAAUGAAGGCCAUCCUCGAUUACAUGUACAAGGGUGAAGUGAACAUCGCGCACGAUCAGUUGGCCGCGCUGCUCAAAGUCGCCGAAAUGCUCAAGGUCAAGGGCUUGGUCCAGGACAACUCGUACCAUUCGCCGGGCGCGACGGCCACCGUCGACGAAGACCGCAAUAUCAUCAGCACCUCGUCGCCCAACCACGUGUCGCCCGACGGUAAUACGAGCGCUCCCAAAGACCUGGCAAUCAACAUCAACAACAACAAUGAGCACAACGGUUCGCCGCCACACAGCACCGGCAUCAGCCACCAGUCGCCGUUCUACAAUAAGAACUAUUACGGCAAGUCGAUGUCGUCGUCUCCGCCGCCGUUGACCGAACACAGGGCCGGUAGGAGCAACGUGCCCAUGUGGCCGAUGCCUGCACUUCAGAUGUCCUCGACGCCUGUCACCAACGCCAUGUUUGGCGGCACGUACGACACUAUGGUGGCCGGAUACCCCGGCAUGUCGCCACUUCGCCGUAAAAAGCUGUCCAGCAUGCUGAUGGGCCGCGACACCCCCAUACUGCGAACGGUUCUGGGACAAGGCCAAGCGGAUUCGUCUCAGCAACUCGCGCCGGCCAUGUACGGCGGCUCCGAGGCGAUGGAACAUCACCGACCGCAAUCUAACGGAUCUGAACACAGCAGCCAGUUUUCAAAAAUAAAAAUUGAAGGAUCAGAACCACAUUCGCCUUACCCUCCUGAUAUGUCCAUGAACGAUGAUGAAGAAAUUAUGAGAAUGGGAAAAAUGAACAAUUCGUCUUCUCCACAAUCAAUGUAUGGAGAUUCAAAAGGAGGUGUUGUAACUCCGGGAAUCGCAACAUAUGUGCCGUCUCAUAAACCCGAAUGGAAACGAUACAAGCAGUAUACAAGACAAGACAUUAUGUCGGCAAUAGAUGCAGUUCGAACGGGCAUGAGCGCAUUACAAGCAUCUAGAAAAUUCGGAGUUCCUUCGCGUACCCUUUACGAUAAAGUGAAGAAACUUGGCAUAACUACAAGUCGUCCAUUUCGCAGAUCUGGGGUUAAUAACGGCAAUUUAGGUUUUGCAUAUGGAUUAGGCCAAGGCACUAGUGGUGUUAUGUUCCCGGGACAGAUGUCUGGACCCGAAGAUGAAUCUGGUAAUUCUUCAGCUAUGGAACAUGCUACUGCUGGCUUUUUACAUCACGCGCUUGGCCUAUCUGGAGUAUCUAUCAAAUCCUCUGAUCACGAGACGUCCAACAAUGGUCAUUCGCCUCGCUCAGACAGAAUGGAAGACGGUGGUUCGCCCUGCAGUCCUGAACUGAUCAAAUACGCCGGGCACAGGGAAGACACGCGAUCACCAACUCCCACAGACAAUGAUGACCAAGCACAGGAUCUGUCUGUAUCUCGUAAGUCUGAGUCUUCUGUGCAAGCGACACCCACAUCCAGGGUUAUUAUGGCACCUAUAAGUCAAACACCCUCCGUGCCCAUGUUAGCUGCUGGAAACGACGACAGGGACUAAAGUUUGUGGUUAAGUUUCAAAGGGAAGUGUGUGCAAUCCAAAUUCAAAUAUUGAAUUUAACUGAACCCCAAAUCUUAAUUCUAGGCUAUUGGAUAAAUACUGUCUAGCCCUUCUUUAGCUUUAGUCGUACUGUCCAAAAAAAUGAGCUUUGGCCUAUAAUAGUGACAUACCAGGGUUGUUAGUUGGAGCACUACAGAUUGUAUUGUUGGUUUGAAAAAUAACUCUUUAUAAUGAAAUUGUUUUUAAAUUUUAGUUGAUACUUUUAUUAAUUUAUUAUUGAUAUACUUUUGGACCAGUCGAACUUUGAAAAAAUAUUGAAUAAAACCUUAAGUACAUAUUUUGUACAUAAAUUCUAUUUAAAAUCUGUAUUCUAACGUAAUUUAAAGUCUGACAAAAGAGUAAUCAAAAUAACUGUCGUUUCAAGUAGCCAAUCAAAUAAUUUGUUGUCGACAAUAUCUGUUCUUGGAUGUAUGUCGUUAACGAACUUUGUUCAAUCCAUCAACUGCUCAAUUAUUGUUAUUCAAGAGUUCCUCUUAACAAAACCUACCUAAAGCUAUAGGUACCCCGAUUGUAAAUACCUCAAUCAAUAGGUAAAAAGUAAAUAUUUAAUAAUAAUAAUAAUAUAUAAAAAAAAAAAAAUUGAUUUAAUUAUUAUUUUAUUAUUAUUAUUAUAAAAUGGUUAUUCACUUUACCCUCACUUAAAUGAUUCCCUCCAUUUAUUAUUAUUAUUACUAUUAUUUUUUCUUGAAACAGAUAUUAUCUCAAACCGCAUAAGACUGCUACUUGUUAAAAAUAUUAUAUGUAGUUAAGUAGUAAAUAAUAAUAGAAUACAUAUUGUGGUAUAACAUUUGUUUAGUUAAUUUAAACCAAGGAGACUGUUUUUUUAAUGUUAAAUCUACACUGGUACCUUACAAUAAUAAAUAACUAAUGUGUUCAUACAGUUCUAUGUCAAUAUGUUACAUAAUCAUUGUUAAAGAUUAAUUUUGUCAAUGCUCAGUGUGUUAAAAACAAAAUGAAAUUCAUGUGUUCAUUAGUUUUAGAAAAUACCACUUCGGGGCCAAUAAUAACAUAAACAGUUACAUUUCACAUAGAUAAAUAAUAAGACUGAGUAGCCUUAAUUUGUAAAAGAACUGAUUCAUAAUUUGACUGGUUUGAUUUAAACAUUUUCGUCUUUGUUCUUAUUGAAGUUACACAAACAUGUUAUUAAAGAAUAAAAAGACGGAAAUUUAAGACUGAGUUGGCUUUUCGUUAUACAAUAUAAAAAU